ACAUUAUGUGUUGGUAAACAACCCUAAGCAGCUGAUUCGCAUUUGAGGAUAAACAAAUCUGAUUGAUUUUUGUUUUCUUUUUUUAUAAACGAUGCUGCUGCAGCGCGUUGGCUUGCUACAAAUAAACAACCACCUGCGGCAUUACGCCAAAAAAUCCCGGGCCCAGUUCAAACCAGUCAUGGCCGUGAGCAAGCGGUUGGUUCACCAGGAGAUCCUGCAUUAUGUAAACCCCUUUGCCAGGAUCAACGUGAAGUCUGAUGUCUUUCUGCGCAUUCAGCCAGCUGAUGUGCAUCAGUACACCAGUGGCGAUGUAUUUAUAGCCCAAUUGCGCGGCGGUCAAGUCAAGAACUCCAAUGUCACACUGGACGUGAAAAUAACUGAUGAUGAUAAAGUGGUCGAUGUUGUGGUCAAGCAAAUAACAGAGCAGCCCUCGCAGUUUGAAUGCGACCUGCAGAUACCCGUGCGCUCCGAUGUCUCCGUGGAGGCCAAGGGCAGUGUUAGAGUGGAGGGAAUCCAGAGCGAACUCCUGCAAGUUAAGGCGGACGGAGGCAUUGUAACCAAAAACGUUAAGGCCACCAAUAUAAGCCUUUAUAGCGAAAACGGAAACAUUAAUUGCCAGGGAACGAUACUGGGCAAGAUCACAGAAAUAGAGACACGUAAUGGGAACAUUAACAUGGACAAACUUCAAGGAGACAACCUGAAUUGCACUACGGAAACUGGCAGUAUUAUUACCGACUGUUGUUAUGUGGAAAACUCCAACUUCCACACACAAACUGGACGCCUGGAUCUAAAAAAUGUCCACAAAACCAGCCAAGUGCACGUUUACCAGUCGGGCGAGCUUAAUAUGACUGGUUUCCAUGGCAACCUUCAAUUAGUGACCAAAGGAGGCAGCUUAAAUGUCCAGUUAUCAGAGCUAGUGGGCCACAAUAAAAUCGAUGCUCAGAAUUUAAAAGACGAGGCUGUUAUUCACAUAUCCCAAGCCAUUGAGCAGGAUCUCCACAUUGAGGUGUCAGCUUCUGAAGUGAAACUAGAAGCCGAACUGGAGCAUGUUGCUCAUGCUUUGAAUGAGACAAAAAAUAAACUCCUACUCGGUAGCUCCAAUACAGAUCGCCUGCAGGUCUGCAGCACAGGUGGCAAAGGCGUGCGCCUGGGAAAACAGUCGUGGAGCGACAUGAUGCGUCAAAAACUUCAAGCUAUUGAAACCAAAGCCCCAUCGUUAAAGGCAGAGACUCACUAAGUUACGAAUAUAUUGUGCUGCAAGCUACAAUCUCA